UUGAAGAUAAGAUAUCCUUUGGGCCGAAAAUGUUCACGUGGCCGACCAACUUUAAAUCAUUGACUUACUUAUUCUAUCUGAGGAAAUGCAAUUUUCUCGGGAUCCAAUGCAGUGCAUCUACAUACUUAGUUUUACUUUAGUUUACCUCCAAUAAUUUCGCGAUCUGUUUGUUUGGGUGGCUGGAAUGGCUGUUGUUAGAGGUGAAGGCUGUGAAUGCAGUUACGAUGUGUUCUUGAGUUUCCGAGGCGAAGACACUCGGAAGACCUUCACCGAUCAUCUCUACACGGCGUUGGUCAACGCCGGACUCAGCACCUUCAGAGAUGAUGAUGAGCUUGAGAGAGGUCAAGAUAUUAAGGUAGAGCUGCGCAGAGCAAUUCAGCAAUCCACAACUUCAGUUAUUGUGUUUUCCAAAGACUACGCGUCGUCCAGAUGGUGCCUUGAGGAGCUUGUGAUGAUCCUUGAACGCAAAAGGAAGACCUGCCCCGGCCGAGGCCACCGCCAUGUCGUUUUACCGGUGUUCUAUGAUGUGGAUCCGUCCCAACUGAGGAAUCAGACGGGAAGUCUUGCAAAACCAUUUGCCAGGCACGAGAAGAAGGAACCCUCGGAAAAGGUCAACCGAUGGAGGGCAGCACUGCAAGAGGUUGCAGAUCUAGCGGGAAUGGUGUUACAGAAUCAAGCUGAUGGGCACGAGGCAAAGUUCAUCGAAAAAAUUGUUACAGUUAUUGCUGACAAGCUAAGUCGGACACCCUUAAGUGUUGCUCCGAAUCUGGUUGGAAUUCAUUCUCGAGUUGUACGAAUUAACAAUUGGUUACAAGAUGAAUCAACUAAUGUUGGCAUAUUUGUAAUUUAUGGAAUUGGUGGGAUAGGGAAGACGACCAUUGCAAAAAUCGUUUUCAAUUUAAAUUUUGAAAAGUUUGAUGGAAGCAGCUUUCUUGAGAAUAUAAGACAAUUUUCGGAGCUACCUAAUGGCUUAGUUUUAAUACAAACAAAACUUCUUUGUGAUAUUGGGAAAAAGGUGGAAAUACACAGCGUUAGUGAGGGAAUACCUAGGAUUGAAAAGGUCUUGCGCUCUAAAAGAGUUCUUCUUGUUAUUGAUGAUGUGGACCAUAUGGACCAAGUAGAUGCAGUGCUUAUGAUGCAAGAUAAGUUUCAUCCAGGAAGUAGAAUCAUCAUAACAACUAGGCAUGCGAAGUUGUUGAAUGUUGAUAGAGCUAUUGAGCUCUAUAACCUUGAAACUUUGGAUUUCGAUGACUCACUCAAGCUCUUCAGUUGGCAUGCUUUCGGACGGAACUAUCCUAAUAAAGGUUACAUGGAACAUUCAAAAAGGCUAGUGCACCAUAGCGGAGGUCUUCCAUUAGCUCUAAAAGUUUUUGGUUCUUCUCUAUCGAGGCAAAGUAUAGAGGUAUGGGAAAGUGCAUUAGAGAAAUUGGAAGUAAUUCCAAAUGGUGAAAUCAUGGACAAACUCAAGAUAAGCUAUGACUCUUUACAAGACAGCCAUGACAAAGAUUUAUUCCUCCAUAUUGCUUGUUUCUUUGUUGGUAAGGACAGAGAUUACAUUGUUGGAAUACUAGAUGGAUGUGAAUUCUACACAGUGGUUGGUAUUCAGAAUCUUGUUGAUAGGUGCUUGGUAACCAUUGAUGGAGAUAACAAGGUGCAGAUGCAUCAAAUGAUUCGUGACAUGGGAAGAGGAAUUGUUCUUCUAGAGUCAAAGGAUCCUGGGAAACGUAGUAGAUUAUGUCAUCCUAAAGACUCUUUCAAAGUUUUGGCAGAAAAGAAAGGAACAGAAAUGAUUGAAGGUCUUGUCUUGGAUAUGCCUAAGCACCCUGCAUACAUUCUUUCAAGGGAAUCAAAUGCGGUACUCUUGGAAACCAAAGGAUUUGUAGGGAUGCACAAUCUAAGACUGCUCCAGCUUAGUCAUGUACUACUCACUGGAUGCUAUAAAGAACUUCCAUCAGGACUAAGAUGGCUGUGUUGGUCUCAAUGUACUUUGGGUUCUUUACCCAGUGAUUUUUCUUUGGAUAACUUGGUUGUUCUUGAAUUGCACUAUAGCAGCUUGAAAAAAGUUGGGACGGGAAGGAAGUAUCUUCCAUCAUUGAAGGUCCUUGAUCUCAGCUAUUCCCGCCGACUUACUGAAAUCACUGACUUCUCCCUAUUCCCUAUUCUGGAGAGGCUAAUUCUUAAAGGUUGUGCAUGCUUAGUUGAUAUUCAUCAAUCUAUUGAAAAGCUAGAGAAACUAGUUUACUUGAAUCUAAAGGGUUGCAAAACUAUUGAGAAGCUUCCAGAAAAUAUUUCUAUGCUGGAAUCCCUGGAAACACUUAUAAUAUCUGGGUGCUCAAAUCUUAAUGACUUUCCAGUAAAGCUGAGGAUGCUAAAAUCUCUAAAAGUGCUUCAAACAAAUGGUAUUCCAAUAAGUUUAUUGGUCACUACUAUUGAGCCCAGAUCAUGCCCAAGAACAAGCAUAGAUAUUUUUUGGGCUUCUUUACCCUUCUCAUUAGUAGAUUUAAGUCUUGCAGAUUGCAAUCUUUCUGAUAAUGUUUUUCCUAGGGCUCUGGCUCACCUAUCCUCACUGAAAAGAUUAAAUCUAAGCCAUAAUCCAAUACAUAGCCUACCGAGUUGCAUCAGAGGUCUCACCAGGCUCGAUCAACUCUCUUUCUCCAACUGUAAGAAUCUCAAAUCGCUUGUAGGGCUACCAAGAGUAGGAGAAUUGAUGGUGAACAACUGCAAAUUAUUGGAAAAAAUAUCAUCUCAGUCAUUGUCAUACCUGCCUCAGUCACUAGGAUUUUGUCGCAAUGAAGGCCUAGUUGAGAUUGAGCCAUGGUACAAGUUAGAACCCCUUGGAAAAGUUGGUGAGGAAAUGAUCAACCUUUUGGGCUUGACUGACUUGAAAUCCGAGGAAAGAAUAAGGUUGCACACCAUAGAUGAGCAGAAAGUUGAUUCUGGCACAAUGUAUCCCCUCCAGGGACUCUAUGAAUUUGGGAUAUUCCACACUUUUCUUCCUGGAAACCAGGUUCCAGGACACUUCGGCCACAAAAGUAAUGGGACCUCAAUAUCUUUUACUUUACCUCAACAUCCUAAUGGUAGGAUCCGAGGCUUGAAUGUCUUUUCUGUCUAUGAAAAUUCAGAUGAUGUUUCUCAAGUCAUCUAUGCCGGUGUUAACUUACCCUAUCCAAUCAUAACUAAAGUCAGUAAUAAGAGCAAGGGUCUGAAAUGGAUCUUUGGCCCAACAUACUACGGUAUUCCAGAUAAUGGAAAAGAUAUGGUUUGGUUAAGCCAUUGGAAGUUGGAGAAUCAACUGGAAGGUAACGAUAAGGUGACUGUUUCAGUAUUUAUGGAACCUUGGCUUCGGGUAAAGCAGUGUGGGGUCAAGCUUGUGUAUGAGCAAAAGAGGAAGAGCACCCCCAACACCUCGGAUCCUUAUUCAUGUGUCAUUGGGACAGAUUUUUCAGAAGAACAGGAGGUGAUGCUAGGAACAUACUUCCUCUGCCCUCGACCUGCUUCGAUGGACAACUUAGAUUUGUGUAGGUCAGUUUGGUUCAAUAAGCUCAUUACGGACUCUGAUGAAGAAACAGACAAAGAAGAGGAACAAGAAGGUGAUCAGAACAACUGCUGUUGCAGAAGCUGCAGGAUUCUCAUUAUGGCAUUCCUUCUCUAUUUUUUUCUGGUCGCUCCCUUGCUUUCCCCUGGAGAAUAGUGACAAAAUUGGAUGCUCGAAUACUCGUGAUCUUUGACAGGAAAGGAAAAAAAAAAAAACUUAUUUCAAUCCAGUCAAGUCUAGAGAAAAUUAAAAAUACUGUAUAAUUGAGUUUAGUGUGAAAUUGUAAGGGCUAGCCAAAUAAUGGUUAUGAUUGCCGAGUUUGGCAAGGCCUUCUCCUAUCUUACAAUGGAGUUCCGAUUUUCCUUUAGUGGUUUGGCUCAGGACAUUAAAGAGGCAAUGACGUUUGACAUGAAUUCCUAGAUCAUUAGUUGUGACGUGCUACAAAAGCAUUGAGAGAAGCGGAAUACAAAAGCAUUGAGAGAAGCGGAAAUAUAUGAGGUUAUCUUCAAAGUAGGGAUUCUUCUACUAAUCAAGGACAUCCUCAUGCUCCCUAAGAAAUACUGUUUUCAGAUUGAGUACACAACGCUGGAACUGCGUAUCUUUUGUAUUCAUGCUUUCUCUUUAUAAGUUCAAGAUGUUAAACAGCAACAAGCGUGGCCCGUGGCCCACCAUUGUACCGAUACUGUCCCAACUUAACCACUCAUUAGGUGUUGUGUUUUAAUCACAAAAGGUC